GACUAGAACAUGUAUAUCUAUACAGAGGGUCGAAAAGAAGGAAAAAAGAAAAAAAACGUGAAUUGUUAUUUUAUUUGCUGAAAGUACAUCUGAGUGCAGUUAAAAGAAUCGUCACGACGAUUGUGCCUGCUUGAAGAACCGACUUAUCGCAGCGGGAAGGCCUGAUAAGCAAGACCGAGCCAUUUGAAGCUGCAAAUUGUGCAAAGUUGCAUUUCAAUAUUCAAUAGUGAAGGACAGGAAGGUAGUCUAGAUUUCCUCCCUACAUUCAUCAUGUCAGAAAAAGGAAAUAUUUUAUAUGAAGAUGACAUAAUGUCGGAAUGGAAAGAUUUAUCAUUGGGGCAAUUAUUGUUAAAACAGCUAACACUGCAUGGUACUGGUGUGGCACAAGUGAAUGCUCAUACAGACAAGGGACAAACAUUUGAAUAUAUGCUAAACACUAGUCGUAAGUUAGCAGUUUUUCUUCAAAGAGAAGGAAUAAAGGCAAACGAUGCCAUUGCUAUAUGCAGUGAAAACAAUCUGGAAUUUGGGAUUGCUACGUGUGCUAUAUUUUAUUUGGGUGGUGUGGUCUGUCCGUUAAAUCCACUUUAUUCGGAAAGAGAAUUUAAACAUGCAUUUGGCAUUUCCAAGCCGAGAUACAUAUUUAUUUCUGAAAGUGCACUCAAUAAUAUAAAAAAUAUAAUCAAGGAUCUAUACUGGUCACCGAAAAUAUUGAUGUUAACUGAACAUAACAAUAUCAAUGUAACACGGAUGAACCUAAGUAAAGCGAUAUCAAGUGUGUCUGAUAAUGACAUAAAUUCAUUCCGAGCUGUUCCCGUUGAUGUGAAUAACCAUGUAGCGGCAAUUUUAUGCUCAAGUGGAACUACAGGACUACCCAAAGGUGUCAUGUUGACAGACAAAAAUUUUACUACAGCCAUAAAACAUGUGAUAAAUUUACAAUAUGACGAAGAGAAAUUUCCAAUUUUAGCGUUGCUACCAUUUUUCCAUGCAUAUUCCUUUGUUAUAUUGCUCCUCAGACUUAUAUCUGGAGGCAAGUGUAUAGUUAUUUCACGCUUCGACGAGGAAUUGUUCCUGCAGUGUAUAGAGAAGUACAGAGUUCAGAGUUUGCUACUGGUGCCACCACUCAUGGUGUUCCUGGCUAAACAUCCACUUGUAGACAAAUAUGAUUUAUCAUCCAUCAAGACAAUAGCAUGUGGAGCAGCACCUUUGUCAGAAGAGAUUCACAAGGCUGUCGGCAAGCGAUUGAACGUUUCCGAAAUUAGAGAGGGUUAUGGAUUAACGGAAACUACUUUAGGUGUGCUUUGGUCAACAGGUGAUAACACAAAACCAGGCCGUUUUAUAUUAGCUCCCGGCACAUCGGCAAAAAUUAUACCGCUGGGAGAAUUCGGAACGGAUAAAACUUCAGGACCAAAUUGCAAAGGGGAAUUAUGUUUCAAAGGAGAUUUAAUAAUGAAAGGCUAUUGUAACAACGAAGAGUCCACUAGAGCGACAAUUGAUAAGGAUGGUUGGUUGCAUACAGGAGAUGUGGGAUACUACGAUGAGGAAGGAUACUUUUACGUCGUUGAUCGUAUAAAGGAACUUAUUAAAUAUAAAGGCUAUCAAGUUCCACCGGCUGAGCUCGAAGCGAUCCUGUUAACGUGUCCUGGUGUGACAGACGCAGCUGUAAUUGGUAUUCCAGAUGAAAGGGCUGGAGAAUUACCAAUGGCUUUUAUUGUGAAGCAAGAUAACUUUAACGUAUGCGAAAAGGACAUAGUCCAAUAUGUUAACGAGCGCGUGUCAAGUCCUAAACGACUCAGGGGCGGCGUAAGAUUCGUGAAUAGCAUACCAAAGACCGCGUCCGGUAAAAUACUACGUCGACUGUUGCGCGAUUUUUCACGAUCGAAGCUAUAAACGUGCCAAAUACCUAUUUCCCAUGAUAUGUAUCGUUUAUUAAUACUUUUUUAACGAUAUGAAAUUUAUAAUUAUUGAUUAAAUACAACUAAUAUAAUGGUGA